AUGCCUAAUGCAUUUGUGUCACUACUAUCUGGCCAAGAUACAACCAGUUGUGGAACACAAGCCUCUCCGUGUCGAACUAUAUCUUAUGCAAUACAUCUAGUGUCAGCGGGCUCUAUCAUCUACCUCGAUGGCACAGGUACUUCAUGGCGGCGUACUUAUACGUGUCAACCACUCAGAAAAGAACAUGAAGGAAUUUAUCUUACCAAAAACAUGUCAUUCGUUAGUACUGGUUCACGUGCUCAUAUUGCGUGUUCUCAAGGAAACGUUUGGAUGGUUGAUGGAAGAGGAGGAAAAGGAGGAAUUCAAGUUAAUUUCAAAGGACUUGCGUUUAGAAAUUCAUCUUUUGAUUUCGUCGACGCUUCAGUUAACAUUAAAGACUGUACAUUCCGAGAAACAAAACUACCAGCGUUGAAUUUCUCAAUAGUUGAAUUAGAUUG